AUGGACUCUGUUACCGCUUCUAGGAAAAGAUUAGAGUAUGCUAAGUUAUGUAUUGAGAUUGGUAUUGAUGAUAAUAUUCCUGAGUAUGUGGAUGUGCUUCUGAAUGAUGGAACUGUUACCUCAAUUCUUGUCGAGGUACCUUGGCUUCCACCACACUGUAAAAACUGUAGAGUGUUCUGGCAUAGUGAUAAAAACUGUACCAAACAAAAACAUGCAGCUCAUUCAACUACUCAAGUAUGGAAAAGGAAAGUUGUUACUCAAAAUAAUCCUGUAGUAACUACAGUAGAAGGAGGUGUUGAACUUCUUCAGGAGAGUUUGCAAACAGGAGAUAAUGGAGCAAAGGAAAAAAAUAUUAAAGAUGGUUGUUCUGAUUCUGGUAUUAACCAUGUUGAUGUUACGGAUACUACUGCUGCUAUUGAUUCUGUUUCUAAUGAUAACAUUGAUGCUACUGUCACAAAUGAAUCUGCUACUUCUGACCCUCAUUUAGACAACGUUCCUGAACCUUCUGUUGUUAAGAAGAGUAGAGGUAGGCCACCAAAAGAUAACCUGAAAACGGUUAUUGCUGGUUCAACGAACAGAUUUGCAGUUUUAUCUACAUCUGAAACAAAUGUUUCUUCGCCUACAGAAGCUCCUUUGAAGAAAAGAGCCGCAUCGUCUGGAGUGGCUGCUCUAGUAAACGAACUGAAAUCAAAGAAAAAGGACAGAAUGGAUAAGGUUAAGCAUACUGAAUCUCUUUCUGAUUUGGGCAGAUUAUAUGGUAACCUCCCUUGGGUUCUGGGUGGUGAUUUUAAUGUCAUCCUUAACUCCAAUGAAAGCUCUAACUCCUCUUUUUUAGGGCCGUUUCUCUCUUCUGACAUGAAGGAAUUCCAAGAUGCUCUCUUUGACUUAAAUCUUUGUGACCACCCUUUCUUUGGCCCCACCUUUACGUGGAGCAACAAACAUCAAGAUUCUUACCUUGCUAGAAAGCUCGACAGAGUCAUUGUCAACCAUAAGUGGUUUAGCUCCUUUCCUAAAUCCCAUGUCGAAUUUCAAGCUCCGGGAAUUUCUGACCACUGUUUAGCUAUUACUUGGUUAACUACAGAAACUCAUGUUGAUCGCCCAAAGCCUUUUAAAUUCUUUAACUUCUGGGCCCAACAUCCAGAGUUCAUGAAUGUGGUUAGAGAAUCAUGGCAAACUUCUACUCAUGGCAGCCCCAUGCAGAAUCUGUUUUUCAAGUUAAAGCUCCUUAAAACCAGAUUGAAAUCUCUUAAUCAACACUAUUAUAGUGACAUUUCAGCCCGAGUAAAACAAAAGAAAUUGGAAUUGGAAACUCAACAACUUUUAUCGCUAAGAGCUGAAGAUUCCUUCCAUAAAGAGCUUCUUUUGCAAAAUGAAUUGAAAAACUUAGAAGAGGCUGAAAAUAUUUUCUUAAGGCAAAAGGCUAAAGUCCAAUGGCUUAAAGAUGGUGACAAGUGUACAAAGUUCUUUCAUUCGGCAGUUUCUACUAAAUCCAAGAGGGAAACAAUCAGAGUUCUUAUCGAUGACAAUGGAAACAGACUCGAAACCUAUGAUACAAUGGCUUCCGAAUUGAUUGAGUAUUUCACAAACAUGAUCGGAACUGAAAAUCCAGAAAUUAAAGUUUGUGACCAGAAUUUACUUCAGGAACUCCUUCAGUACUCUCUCCCUUCUAAUUCUUCCAAUGCUCUUAUGAAAGAUGUGCCAUUGAAAAUUGACAUCCACAAGGCUUUCGACUCUCUGCAUUGGGGAUUUGUAUUGGCUGUUCUUAAAGCUAUUGGUCUUCCUACUACUUUCAUCAAGUGGGUAGAAGCUGUUUCACUGGAGCUCGUUAUUCCAUCUCGUUUAAUGGAAGCAAUGUUGAAUCAGUUGUGGGAAUUAUUUGUGUUUUGGAACAAUUUUAUGUCAUUUCUGGCCUUAAAAUCAAUGCGCAGAAAUGUGAAUUCUACGGCUGUAAUAUCACCUACACAAAUUGAUGAAAUCAAGCGAAUUACAGGGUUCAAUCAAGGUUAUCUACCUGUUAGAUACUUGGGAGUUCCUCUAGUUACUAGGAAACUCUCGGACAAGGAUUGUAUUGCUCUUAUUGAUAAUAUCAGGAACGCCUUCAUCAAUGGUCACGAAGACACUUGA